GACUAUACCCUUCCGCGUGGGUCCUCCCAUCCCAAUCGGAAUCCAAAUCCGUUCCGGUGCGGAUUCUGAACCUUCCGACGCCAUUUUUUUUUGCUGUUGCUGAAUGGAGAAGAGAAUCCCGAAUGAAGGAUUUGUCUACAGAGUGAGCGUCCCCGACGAAUGGGAGGAGCUGCAGAGAACGGGCGCUACGCUGGGCGGAGAUAUCGAUCGAACAACUGGAUGCAUUCACUUCAGUGAUCUCGAUCAGGUGAAGAUGGUCUUGAACAACUUCUUUCGUGGCCAGGAGAACCUAUAUCUGCUCCAAAUCGAUGCCACUAAGGGACAAUUGGCUGAUCCAUCAUGUCUUUAUACGGAGAGGGGUCUCCCUUCUAAAAGAGUAAUCACUUUGGGACGAAAUGAGUUCUACUUGAGUGUAACUUGCUUGGAUACCUACUUUCCUCAUUUCUAUGGCCCUGACCGGAGCUUUCAGCCUUUGCCUUUAGAUGCCGUCUCCAAGGUAGAGAAGUUGCUAAUACUAAAUGGUGAAUUCAGUUGCAGUCUACUGGAUUAAGCUCCAAGUUGUCCAUCUGGUAAACACUUUUGGGAGUCACUCCAAAACAAUCUAUUUAUCCAAAAUGUCAUGGAAAGGAUUGAUUUCAGUUUUAUUAUUGUUUCCUUAAUCACACAUUAUAUUGUUUCUGAUUGCUACUUAAUUCCACAGUUACAAUAGACAGAAGCAAUAUUUGAUGCA